AUGCUGAAAAAAUUUCGUUUGUGUGGUCAAACAGAUAAUUUCUCCAGCGUGCCCGUUAACACAGAGUUGCUUCACGAAUUUAAGACACAUAUCCCGAAAUUUGGUAAAUGGAGUUUAAGAGUACACGUCAGUGGAAAAACGGAAACGGAUCAGAUCUUUGAUGUUUUCAUUUGCAAAUUACUUGAGCCUGAACCUGUAAAGAUUUUUGUGAGAACCAAAGUAUCCUUCGAUGACGCUAAUUCUUCUGAAAAUGAACAUUUGUUUAAGCAGGAUGAAAAUUGGAAAUGUGCUGAGUUUUCGAGGAAUAUAUCUUCAGAUCCAGAUGAUAUCUUGUUACUCAGAUGCGAAUUUAAACUGUCUAAUGACAGUAUUUCUUCUCAGAUUGUUGAAUCUUCUUGCCUCUUUCCAACUUCAAUCGGAGAGUGUAACUUAAACAGAAACCUUCGAAAUCUUUAUGAAAAUGGAACAUUAUCUGACGUUACUGUGGUAGCUGAAUCGAGAAGAUUUUCUGUGCAUAAAUUUAUACUGUGUUCUCAGUCAUCGGUGUUUUGCAGAAUGUUCAAAACCGAAAUGACAGAAUCGCGAAACAGCCAGGUGGAGAUUCCUGAUGUAGAUCCUGAUAUUAUGCAUCAAAUGCUUCUUUUUCUGUAUACUGGAAAUGUUGAAAAACUAUCCGAAGAAACAGUUAUUCAGCUUUAUGGAGUAGCUGAUAAGUAUGAUGUUUCUGCUUUAAAAAAUGUGUGCUUGUCCUUUUUCAAAUCCAGUAUUACUGUCGCAAAUGUGUGCAAAAUUCUCCAGUUAGCUGAUAUGCAUCGCGUUGAUGAUUUGUACCAAAGUGCUUUGGAAUUUUUUUCUGAUCAUCUGCAGGAAAUUUAUUCAACCGAUGAAUGGAAAGAGAGGUCCAACAACAAUUUUUGUGUGAAACUUCUGCAAGAUGUGAUAGCUCGUAAUAAAUCCACAAAAUGA